UAGAGGACUCUGGGUACGAGAUUGUAAUCAAAAUGGCUGAUGCUGAGUACGAGAGCGUUCUAUGCGUUAAAAAUGAAGUUUUUAUCUACAGAAUACCGCCACGUACUUCGAGUAGAGGAUAUAGGGCUGCUGACUGGAAACUUGAAAACCCAGAUUGGACUGGAAGAAUGAGGAUUUGUUCUAAAGGAAAAGAAUGCUAUAUUAAAAUAGAAGAUAAAGUUAUGGGUGAAUUGUUUGCAAAGUGCAAUGUAGAUGACUAUCCUGGAAUUGCAGUAGAAGCGGUCCUUGACAGUAGUAGAUAUUUUGUCCUUAAGAUUGAAGAUGCAGACACAGGUCGCCAUGCCUUUAUUGGUCUGGGAUUUUCUGAUAGAGGCGAUGCAUUUGAUUUCAAUGUUGCAUUACAAGAUCAUUUCAAAUGGGUGAAAAAAAGUGAAGAAAUUGAAGCUGAAAAAAGUUUCCCUCAACCUGACCAACCCAAGCUGGACUUGGCCUUCAAACAAGGACAAACAAUACACAUCAAUAUAGGGAAUAAAUCAUCUACAAGUAAACCGAAGGCUGCUGGUGGCGCAUCUGGCAUUCUUGUCCCACCUCCACCCCCAGGGAUUACUGCCAAACCUCCAAAACUAGCCCCUCCCCCAUCAUCUGGUGGUUCAGCAUCACCGUUGUCAUCCAGAAAAGUUCAACAAACACAACCUCAGCCUACUGUCUCAAGUGCUCUGUUCUCGGAAUUCUCAGAGUUUGCUCCACCAACACAUAGCCAACAGCCAGCAUCUAAUGUAAAUGAAUGGGGGGAUUUUACGUCUGCAUCUACGUCACAAGGUUCUAAUAAUUCAGGUGACUGGGUUCAGUUUUGAACAAUCAAGGAUUCCGGGACAUCCAAUGAAUACAAUGUGUAACGCAAAAAUGGAAUCUUAAUAUGCAUAUUAUUGAAUGAUUUUCUUAAAAAAAGCGCACACAGCCAUCUUAGAUUUUCACAGAUACAAACUCACAGACACAAAAAUAAUAUUGAAUUACGUAGAAGAAUUAAACAUUUCUAAAUAUUAUCAUUAUCUAAAUGAGCUAAUUAUACACAAGAGUCUUUCAAGUAUACUUUUUAGUAUACAUUUUAGUCGAUAGGUUUUGGGUUCUUUUUUCUUUUUUUAAAUUUAUUUUUUUCCCCUGCUAUUUUUGUUUGUAAUUCUAUUGGCCACAUUUCUGCUAAAAAUUCUAAGGUUUUGGCUGGCAUGAUCAUUUCAAAAGGGAAGUUGUAUUUCCGUUAGCUUAAGAAAUGGCGAAGGAUAGGAUAUAAAGACGGAACGUUCCCUUGCGAGGCUCCAGUAAAACAAUUUCCAUAUAUGCAUUAAAAUAGUGUUAGAAYCUUUUUAAAUUAACAGUACGAUAGAUUUCACCUAUAUGGAACUUGAUUUACGUUACCAUCAAAGCUAAGUGAUUUUCAGUUUUGCAAAAGGGUGGCUGUUUUAGGAUUUUCCAAUCUAAGGCCCAGUCUAAACGGCGAUUUUCACGUGUGUGGAGUCUGAAUUCAAACAAUAGGUUUUGCUCAUUUGCAUUGGAUAAAUGGACCAAAUCCUAGACCUGUCACUCACACACUACCACUACAUUUGAUAUUCUAUGCACACAACUCAACUCGGGUUGAUUUUUACGGAGGGAGGAAUACCGGAGAACAACCCUCGUGUCAAGGUAGAGAACAACACAUUAAACAAACUAAACUCACUCAGGGCUCGAACCCGUAUCACAGCGGUGUUUGGCGAGAGGUAAAUCACUAAGAAACCCAUGCCACACGUGAAAUUCAACGUUCAAACUCGGCCUAACUUACAAAUAUUUUUUCGUUACUUGUCCUAAAAAUAAUUAUGUAAUACACCAAUAUGUUGCAUGUUGUAGACACGAUUAUUUGACCAGAGUUUCAAUAAAAUAUAACGAAUGAUGAA